CUAUAACGACGAUGGUUGUCAAUUGAGCGGACUCUUCUUCUGCCAUUAUCUUCGAGUCUUCAUGAUGACUUGGGAGGGCUUCCACAGUCUCUUCAGUGAUUGUAUCCACUCACCCGCCAUUUCCUGAGCUUCUUCGAGCUCCUCCGCUACCACCGGCGGUAUGAAGCUCUUCACAUCUCGAUCGGGGCUCUUAACGGGUCAUUCUGUUGCGCAGCUGAAUGUACCGCAAUAUCUCACCAGACUUCCCCGCCAUCCCGCCGUACUCGGGUUCAAUCGACCUGCGCAGCAACAAUGGCAGCGCAGAACCCUCGUUGACACCCCCAAACCCUCCCUACCAGACCAAUUCCGCCUCCUCAUGCGCCGAGUCCCCUACCCGGUUGCCAUCAUAACAGCCACAGACCCGCAUACCCACAACCAUGACCAUAAAGACACCCAAAUCGAACACUCUUACCGCGGCAUGACCGUCUCCUCCUUCAGCACGGUAACCCUACACCCCGAACCAGUUGUCUCAUUUAACGUGAAACGGCCAUCAGAAACGCUCAAUGCACUACUCUCCUCCGGGCGGUUCCUCGUGCAUCUACUGGCACCCGCAAGACCAACAGCAGAUCUGGCGAGGGAUUUCUCGAGGGGGAAUAAUAACCUGUCGAUUGUGAACGGGGAGGGGGAUUUUGAGUUUGCUGCGCAUGCGCAAACUGGGGACGAGAAGGAGAGUGAGAGGCCUCUUCCGCUGCUGCGGAGGAGGGAAGUGGGUAGCCGGGGUAUCGUGGACUUCCCAUUUGUUUUUGAUUGUAGGCUUCUCCCGCAGCAGAUGGAGGUGUUCGAUCACACGAUUGUGUUGGGUCGUGUUGUGGAUACGAUUCUGCAGCGUCCGUUGGAUGCUGAGGUCAAGGGUCAAGCUGACUCUGGUGAACUGUGCUUGACGUAUGCUAAUACUAAGUUCUGGGAGAUGGGUCAUGAAAUCAAGGGAUGAGAAAUGAUUGCCUUUUAUUAACGAUUGGUGUGCCCUGAGAUGUCGACGUGACCAUCUCAUUGCUGGCAUUUGUACAAUAGAAAGAUUAAUAGACGUUUGUAUAUACAAGUCUGGAACUUUCAGUGACCCAUCUACGCCGUCUAUCCAUACAACACUGCAGAUAGCAAGUGAUGCGAGAACUUUACCAAGUAGCCUCAGCUCGAACUGGCGCUACCCUUGAUUGUACUCCAGUACCAUGCUAUGUACCCCGCGC